UUGUUGUGCCAUACGAGGCAAAUUAUCAAAAUACCGCCCCAAUUUUUUUUUCGAGGAAAUAACAAAUCCAAAUUUUACAGUUUUGAUUUAAACAUUAGCUUUUGCUGAUUGACUGGUAGUCCAUCUAAGCGUUUGACAGCUCACUUCUAGCGCUGACAAGUGUUUGACAUAAGAGUUAUCGCUUCGGAUGUAGAAUCUUAUAUGUUUUUUAUUGGAUUCUCUUACCAGAGAGUAAAAUAAGAAAAAAUUAGAACUGCCUGAAAAAUUGAAAAAAAAAUCAAGAAAAGAAGAAGAAUUGAAAAGGAAAAAUCGGGCGAGGGGAGCAAGCCGAAAAUUUUCCUCCAUUAUACACAGUAAUAAUUGAAUUUUGACUAUAAUCCGAUCCAUUGUUGAUUUUCCAAACAAAGUAUAUGUAAGUUUAAAUUUUGGAAAAAUCCAAAUACGGUUCUCAACAUCGACAAUGACAGUUCAUCGUCGUUACGUCUUCCGGUAUUAAUAUUCUCAAAUCUCAAAAUUUCGAGUCUGAAUUUCAAAACAUAAUGAAAACUUUGACGUUCAACACGAUUGUCUUAUGUCAUACAGUCAUUUGAAUGUACAAUUUACAUUGAGAAAUAAGUGCGUAAUUUGAUCGUAUAGAAAUUAAAAUGAUUAUUAUUUGGAUUUUUGAACUGCCGCCCCAUGAAAACCACCGCCCGAGGCAAAUGCCUCACAUGCCUCAUGCUUUGCACGCCACCGCAAGCAAUGUUAUUGAAGGAAAUGUUCAAGCAAGAGAGCUUAAGAAUGCAUCUAACCUUUGGGUUAAAUUUAUAUUUACUACAUCCCAAUGUACGAAUUAACACUAUUUUUCAUUUAAUUAUUUUGUCGCGCAGUUACAACAAUCACAAACAUGUUAUAUAUUCUAUUCAAAUCAAGAUCUCGUUCAUUUUUAUAGCAACAGUCAAAUGAUCGAGUCAGUGCGGCAGUUAGAAACUUAAUAGUUAUUCGUUCUUGCUACUAGAAAUUAGUUGAGUGGGUUACAAACGUUAUUUUGCAUAUUUUGACUUUCUUAACAUUUGAUUUUCAAUUUCUAACACGUUUGAUAUUCAUGAUCACAGUCGUUAGUGUCGCCCAAUUUGCAUUUUCAGCAAUAGAUAAAAAUGUAAAUGUGAGGUAAUUUGGAAACCGACGGCGGAUAAUUAUUCUUAACAAAAUGGAAAAUUAAACAGUUUAACUAGCAGAAAGUUACCAAUUCUUCAACACAAUAGAAAAUGCGUAGAAAUUUCUUAUAAAAGAGAGUUCAUUUCGUUGUAGCUGCCCAGUCAGCGAUCGGACGUUCCUCCAAGUUCAAGUGUUGAAAAAUUAGGAAAAUAAGUGAUUUCUGAGUGAGAAUAUAGUGAAUGUUAUAGAUUAUUAGCGGGAAGCAAUAAUACAUUUACAAAGUGCUUUAAGUGAUAUAUACGAAAUAUGUUUUAAAUUUUUUUCGGUGAAAAAAGUGUGCUUGAAUUGAAAUUCAUCAAAAGUGAAAGUAAAAUUGUUGAUAGAUACGUGAAAAAAUUCACAUCUGAAGAAAAUUGGAAAUAAAUACAAUCCAAACAAAAGUUAUCUAUUUGUUGGAAGAUUUUUCAAGUCGGUAAAAAAUGGCUGAAGCGAAACUAAAUGAUGUGAAAACAGUGGACGCUCGUAUUCGACCAGCUACACCAGGUGAUGAAAUUGUUAUUAGUGGAGUUAGUGGAAAAUUUCCCAGUGCGAGAAAUGUCACGGAAUUUGCGCACAAAUUAUAUAAUAAGGUGGAUAUGGUGACGGCAUCGGAAAAAAGAUGGCCAAAUUAUAACUCUGAAAUCCCGGCUCGAAUGGGUGUAAUUGAUAAUAUUGAAAAAUUUGAUGCAACAUUUUUCGGUGUUCCAUACAAGCAAACGGAAUCUAUGGACCCGCAAUGUCGGGUGCUCAUCGAAAAGGCGUACGAAGCGAUUAUGGACGCAGGCGUUUGCCCAAAGUCGAUACGUGGAUCGAAAACGGGUGUUUUUGUUGGUGCAUGUUUCGGUGAAUCGGAAAGAGCAUUCUUUUAUGAUCCGACUUACAUAACAUCAAGCGGUUUGGGAAUAUCGGGAUGUAGCCGUGCGAUGCUUGCAAAUCGUGUUUCGUACUGCUUGGGCUUAACUGGUCCAUCAUUUAUGUUGGAUACGGCCUGUUCAAGUUCGAUGUAUGCAUUGGAUGCCGCAUUUUCGGCCAUUCGAAGUGGUGAAUGUGACGCUGCUUUGGUUGGAGGAACUAAUCUUCUCUUGCAUCCGUAUACGACUCUUCAAUUUGCCAGAUUGGGUGUCAUUGCGAAAGACGGCUACUGUCGUCCAUUUGACCAUAAAGCAUCUGGAUACACUCGUUCAGAGGCAAUUUGCAUGAUGUAUUUACAACGAACGAAAGAUGCCAAACGUAUCUACGCGAAUGUAAUUUAUUCAAAAGCAAAUUGCGAUGGAUACAAAAUUGAGGGUAUAACAUAUCCAUCAGGCGAAAUGCAAGAGGCACUUUUGGCGGAAUUCUAUGACGAUCUCCAAUUGGAUCCAACUACAGUCGGCUAUGUUGAAGCGCAUAGUACCGGUACUUUUGUCGGUGAUCCCGAAGAGUGUAAAGCAUUAGACAAUAUAUUCUGUCGGGGUCGUACCGAACCAUUGUUAGUCGGUUCGGUCAAAUCAAAUAUUGGGCAUACGGAAUCAUCAUCUGGCGCUUGUUCAAUUACCAAAGCUAUUAUCACAUUUGAACAUGGAAAAGUUCCACCAAAUAUUAAUUUCGAACAGAUUCGACCAACAAUCCCAUCGUUGACUGAAAAACGCAUGAUC